AUGUCUGACUUUUUGACUGAUGCUGACCUAGAAUUUAUUAUGAAUUCACCCGAUAAUGAGUUCAAUGCAUACAUUGAUGUCCCUGAUGGGGAUAUAUCAGAUGUUGGGGACGAAGAUAAAGAAGAAACUGUCGAAAUUGAUGAAAGUUCUCAAGCUAUUUCCGAAGCAGCUGUCAUGAAUUUAAUUCAGAUGGCUGAUGCAGUCAGGAGUGGUAAAGUUAUUGAUUCUCAGCCAAAAUCAGAUGUAAGCGACAACAAUACAAAUGAAGGAGCACCAUCUACACUUGAGCAGCAGCAGCAGCAGCAAACACAGAAUGGUAAGGAUCGCUUCCACCACCACCAAGUAGAGAAAAUGACACCUUUGCAAUAUUAUAAAAUAUUUAUGAAUGAUGACGUAUUUGAACUCAUUGCUGUGCAGUCCAAUAUCUAUGCUUUGCGGAAAGAUUCAGUUUCGUUGCAGACGAGCAAAAAUGAAAUGGAGCAGUUUGUUGCUGAUGUGAUGAGCAGAACUCGCUUCUUCCAGCUACCGUGGUAUUUUCAUGUUGUCAAUAAUCAAGACUUGCCUGAAGCUAGUAGUAAUCGUGACAAACUCUUCAAGAUUCGCCCACUUUUAUUUGCAUUGCAGUCGUCAUUGAAGACACUCCCUCCAGAAGAAUACCAAGCUGUUGAUGAACAGAUAAUACCAUUCAAGGGUAGAAGCGAUUUGAAACAGUGCGUAAGAAAUAAGCCUUACAACUGGGGCUACAAAUCUUUUACGAGAGCUGGUCCUUCAGGCAUGAUUGAUACAGGAUUAGGUUUGACUGGGGAUAUUGUUUUGGCAUUGACGGAAACAUUGCCAGAGAAACAGCGUUUCAAAGUGUUUGCUGAUAGUUGGUUUUCGUCUAUACCAUUAGCAAUUGCCCUGAAAGAAAGGGGUAUUGAAUUCUGUGGCACUAUCAGGACAGACAGGAUGGGAAAAUGUCCGUUGAAAACUGAAGUGGAGCACAAGAAAACUGGACAUGGCUCCUGUGACUGGAGAGUGGAGGCAACAAACAAUGUAGCUUUAGUACGCUGGUUUGACAGAAAAUGCAUAAAUUUCAUGUCAACAUAUGCUUGUGUUGAGCCCAUGGCAACAUGUAGACGCUAUUCUGCUUCUGAAACGAAAUUCAUUGAUGUACCUAGACCUUACAUUGUGGAAAAGUACAACAAACAUAUGGGGUGCGUGGACCUUGCUGACAUGUUGAUAGAGCUAUACCAUAUCAACUUGAGGUCACGGAAGUGGUAUAUGCGCAUUGUGUACUGGUGUUUGUCUGUAGCAGUUGUCAAUGGAUGGCUACUCCAACGACGUCAUAUGGUCCAACGUGGCAAAACCUCAAAGAUGUCACUCCUGCAGUUCCAAGCUAAUAUUGCUGCAGGUCUGCUGCUUGCGGGGAAAUCAGCUUCCCAAAAGAAGAGAGGAAGACCAAGUUCUGAAAUGUUGACAAGGACUCCUGCAGCAAAAAGGACUGUAUGUGCAGCUCCAGUUAUGGAUGAGCGUUUCGAUGGGUUGGAACACUUUGCAGAUAUGGUAGAGAAGAAAGGUCGAUGUAAAGUUUGCAUCAAGUCUACUACACAAAUUUUUUGCACGAAGUGUAAAGUGCAUCUGUGUCUCACAAUAAAUAAGAAGUGUUUCCACAUCUUUCAUGGAAUAUAA